AUGGAUAGUCAUAGUUAUUACGGUAGUGGUGGUUGUCCAACUUGGAUGAGAAUCGGUAGUGCUUCAUCGGAUAUUGCAUCAACAGUAGCAUCACAGCAACAGCAACAACAGCAGCGGUUUUAUUAUCCAAUGUCUUUGAAUAGUAUUCUUAAAAAUAAGGCAAAUAAAAUAAGCGGUGGCGGUGGUGUAGGAUAUCAAGACUAUCAAAAUCAUUAUCCACAGCAACAACAGCAACAACAACAACAACAGUAUCCUGGGCCUGAUCUUCAUGGUGCAGGUUAUUAUGGUUGUACUGGUUUCUUUCCAAAACAACCGCAACAGUCAGCCGUUUCGUCUGGUGUAAAGCGUCGACGUAUUGGUGCUACCUUUCCGAAAAAAAAUCGUUUCUGUUACGGGAUGGAUGCAACUUAUCCACCGCCAAAUAAAAAACUUAGAAGUUACUCCACAACUGGCAAAACGGCCGCAAUGAUUCUCAAUGAAUUAUAUCCGGAAUUCAAGGACCAGUGUUCUUAUAAGACGAUAAUAGUUAACAAAUUACCGCGUUUCGAAUGCUGCUUUACGGUGCAAGCUAAGACAUUCUGUGCGGAAGGCUCGAAUAAAAAAGCUGCAAAACAACUUGCAUGUGAAUUAGCUUUGAAAGAAUUGCGACCUGAUAUAUUGCUGGACGUUUCGGUUUCAGCAUCGGAAUCAAAAAAAUUCGGAAAUUACACUUUCUGUUCGCCACAGACGAACGGGACAGAGGAAAGCCGAAAAAAAGGAUAUGCUACUUGCAACUCUCUCCAUGACUUCUUUCUUCGUCUGUGUAGGGAUAAGGAGCGUAAUAGCGAUGAGAAAUUCACACCGCAGUUCACCUUUAGUGAACUUCCAACAACGGAUACUGAUGGCAAAUGUCCGAAAAAAUUCAAAUGUAUGUUGGUUUUGCCCCAUCAGGGAAAAGUUUAUUCCCACGAAGGCUAUGGAAAAUCACCUAUCAAAAAUGCCGUCAUCCGUGAGGCGUUAGUUGAUGUUUUCGAUGUGCCACAAGAAGAAUUAAAAAUGGUGGAACGCCGCACUAUGAAUCUCAAACCAGGCAAACCAAUGCAAGUUUUGAUACAAGCGCUCAAUUUCUACGAUCGUACCAUGCAAGUGGAUGUGGACACCGUUGACGGAAAACCCGUCCAAGGAAAUAGUCGAUUCAUCUGCCGCAUUACGCUCGACAAUAAUAAGACCAUUAUUGGUCCACCUCAAGAUAACAAGCAAAAAGCCAAGGAUUCCGCAUGCGAAAAAGUACUUCUCGAAGAGCUCGACUUAACUAUGCCAUCGGAAGACGUCAAAGUGAAGAGGGCAGCUGCUGUUCUGUCGCCUCCAUAUGCUUUACAUCAGCUAAUGCUGAAACAAAAUCGUAAAAAGAACCCAGACAUAGUAUAUGAUGAACCACAAGAUAUCAGCGGAGUACCCAGUAAACCACCAAUGUUCAAAUGUACAUUAACGAUAAAUGGCACAGAUAAGUUUGAAGGUGUUGGGCAAUCGAAGAAAACUGCUAAAAGUGCUGCUGCUGAGCAAGCAUUAACUAAGUUGUUCAAGUUUGAUCUCUGCGCUGAAAAUGCGCUUGAAAUGAUAUCAAUGAAAAAAUUGAGGAACGAAGAAGAUGUGCUUUUUUGUACCGAUAUCUGCACUUUUGUUCGUCGGGAGUAUGAGGGAAUAUGCCACCAGCAAGCAUGUCCUAUAACUACUCAUAUUUCUGCUUUUGUUCUUAUUGCACCAGAUGGUGAAAAACAAUUGGUUGCGAUCGGAGCAGGCCGUAACGCCGUUAUUGACGGUCAAAUCUUAACAAAUGCACAAGGCAAUGUGCUUAUUCAUAUGCAAAGUACGGUCUUAGCACGUCGUGCAUUUGUUCUCUUCCUGCACGGCCAAAUAAGGAACCAUAACGCAGAAAAUAGUGUUGUGGAACGUUCCCCAACAUCAAAUAAAUUCCGUCUCAAAACUGGUUACCAAGUUGUACUAUACAUAUCAUUCCCACCAAAUUUGCGCACUAAUGGUGAAGUACAAAAGUUAUCAUGCUAUAUGGGAGGAGUUCGACUGGAAGACCCUCCGGAAAACCCACAGACUUUCACUCAUAUCGGAACUUCCGGACAUGUUUAUGUAAUGAGUUUGGCCGAUAAAAUGUUGAAAUGGAAUUAUCUGGGAUUACAAGGAGCACUUCUUUCACGUCUUUUGGAACCGAUAUUUAUGACACAUCUCUGUGUUGGUUCACCUUCCAAUGACAAAGCGAUCACACAAGCCGUGCUGCUUCGAUUUGGUGAUAUGCGACGAGGUGAACUAGUAGUGAAAUCUUCUCAGACCGGUGUAAUACCUCACGGAGAAAUGUAUCAUAACUGGGUUUCCGGAAUAGGAACUAUUGAACGUUUGGAUCCAUUUACCGGUCGUACAGUAACUGGUUCACCAUCACGUCUUUGUAAAUCAGAAUUGUAUGAAAGUUGGGCACGUGUAAUGGCAACGGUUAAAGCGGAUGGGUACAAACCUGUUUGGAGUUGUUCAGAAGCAAAACAAAGUGAAGUAGUAUAUCAGCAGGCAUUACAAACAUUCCACUUGCAACUCCAUGAAAAUGGCUUGGGCAUGUGGCAGCGUAAGGAACCACAAGUUGAUGGUUUCCAGUUGGCUUUUUUUGAUGAAUAA